AUGUCGGAGCAUCAUCAACAGCUCGUAAUUUCAAAUGCCUCGGUGGACAUUUUGAAAAACUGUGACGGGAUCCCACCGACUAAGUUAAAAAACGAAUUGUUCAGUCAGUUCCAACUUGAGCAUCCGCUGUACAAUUCUCAAGUGUUGUUCAUCUUCCGCGUGUUAGCCAUCACCACCGGAGUGCCUAUCCACUUGUUGGUGGUUUUUGUCAUUCUGAGAACUCGCCAACUUUACAAUCCGCGCAACGCCUUUUGGCUGGGCAACAUCGCCUGUCAUUUCGCCACUCUGGUGAUGGGCGCCUUCGAGUAUUGGACCGUUGUGAUCCCAUCCGUCGGUCAAACAAACGAAACUAUCUGUCAGAUUUACAGUCUCCUAGUCGGUUAUCCCUACACUAGUCUAUUGGUGAGUUUGUUAUUGGCCACGGCCGACCGCUGGUUCGCCAUCAGCAACCCAAUCAAACAUCGCAAAUUCGUGACAGUGGCCGGAGUGGCCGGAUGCCUGGUCACUUCGUGGCUCCUGGUGUUGUUUAUUCUAACGAGUCCUUACUGGACGGGUAGGGCCCAACUGUUACCGUGCACAGUCAAUCCAGACGUUAUGAAAUGGAUAAUGUUGUCUCAUUUCGUGACGGUGAUUUUCAUCAUUAUCGCUCAAGUCAAGGUGUACAUCCGCACUCGCCAAUAUCUGAGAUUCAAAGCUCAUCGACCGGUAGAUGUUCACCAGCCCCUGGACUACCUGGUGUCGUCCAAUUCCUCUUCGGCCAGACCGGACGAAUAUUUCGUGCAUUUACCUGAUAAAACCAUUUGCCGGCUGGAAUUGGAAGCCUCGGUGACUUUGUUCUGCGGAGUGGCUUCACUUAUCGUCUGCGCAUUGCCUUUGGCUUUUGUUUUCCUGGCUCUAAUUAUCUGCAAAAUUGGACUCGACUCGAUUCAAUGUGAUGUAUCCACGGUUUUUUCUUUGAUUCCCUACGCCAGAGAAAUGCUCCUGCUCCAUUCCGUCAUCAGUCCACUUUUGUACGUUCUAAGAAGUCGUGAAUUUUCCAAGGCAUUGCGCCGGACUGUACCUCGAUGUUCUAUUAUUCAACAGCGACGAUGUGCAAGUCCUGUUGAACUUAAGAAUUUUUGA